CCUAACUUUGUUUCUCACUUUCAUCAUCGUACAACACCAAAAAAAAAAUUACAAUAAGUUAAUAAUAUCAUCUGUCAAAGUCCGAUGGAGAUUUCGAAGAGUGUCAGUAAUUGGGCUUUGCCGGUUUCUUUGUUAUUAUGUUGUUUGGCAUUGUUUAAUAAUGGCGUCGAAGCAUCCCACAAGGUUUUCAGGCAGUUGGAAUCUGUGUCUGCUGUUGAUGUGACGAAAGAACACAGAACUGGAUAUCAUUUCCAGCCCCUCAAACAUUGGAUUAACGAUCCAAAUGGACCAAUGUAUUUCAAUGGAUACUAUCAUCUGUUUUAUCAGUACAAUCCAAAAGGUGCUGUGUGGGGCAAUAUUGUUUGGGCUCAUUCAGUCUCAAAGGAUUUGAUUAACUGGAAGAAAGUAGAACAUGCAAUUUACCCUUCAAAGCCCUUUGAUGAAUAUGGUUGUUGGUCAGGCUCAGCCACAGUCCUCCCUGGAAACAAGCCCGUUAUUCUGUACACUGGAAUCGUUGAUGACAAACAAACACAGGUCCAAAACUAUGCUGUUCCAGCCGAUGUAUCAGACCCAUAUCUCCGUGUGUGGAUCAAGCCCGACAACAACCCAUUGAUCGUUGCGGAUAAUGAGGUUAACAAGACAGCAUUCCGUGAUCCAACUACAGCUUGGUUGGGCAAAGACGGGGAAUGGAGAAUUACGAUCGGGGGCAGGAGAUUUGACACAGGAAUGUCCUUCUUGUACAAGAGUAAGGAUUUCAUGCGCUGGACCAAGGUUCAGCACCCAUUGCAUUCUACUGAUGGGACUGGCAAUUGGGAAUGCCCUGAUUUCUUCCCGGUACAAGUUAAUGGCAAAAUGGGGUUGGAUACUUCUGCUACAGGCCCUGAUGUGAAAUAUGUGUUCAAGGUCAGUCUUGAUGUCACCAGAUACGAGUAUUACACGAUAGGUACGUAUAACAGUGAAGAAGACAAGUACAUUCCUGAUAAAGACAUGGUUGAUGGUUGGAAUGGUUUGAGGUUGGACUACGGUAACUUUUAUGCCUCGAAAUCCUUCUUUGACCCAAGCAAGAAUAGAAGGAUCUUGUGGGGUUGGGCAAAUGAGUCUGAUACGACUGAUAAUGAUGUUGAGAAGGGUUGGGCUGGUAUCCAGCUUAUCCCGCGCACAAUGGUGCUUGAUCCCAACGGUAAACAAUUAUUGCAAUGGCCCAUUGAGGAAUUAGAAACUCUAAGAAAGAACAAGGUGGAAUUAAGCAACCAGGAGCUCAAUAAGGGAGCAAAGGUCGAAAUCAAAGGAAUAACAGCUGCACAGGCCGACGUUGAUGUAACCUUCUCGUUCGACAACUUGGACAAGGCUGAGCCUUUUGAUCCAAGCUGGGAUAGAUAUAAUGCACAAAAGCUUUGCAGCCAAAAGGGGUCAACAGUUGAAGGUGGAUUAGGACCAUUUGGGCUGUUGACAUUGGCUUCAGAAAACUUGGAAGAAUACACCCCCGUGUUCUUCAGAGUUUUCAAGGAUCAAGAGAAGCACCUAGUCCUUUUGUGCUCUGAUGCAUCAAGGUCCACCUUAAAAGAUGGAAAAUCCUCCAUGAAGGACGGGAAAGAUGCAUACAGACCCUCAUUCGCAGGAUUUGUAGAUGUAGAAUUGAAAGACAAGAAGCUUUCUCUGAGGAGUUUGAUUGAUAACUCUGUUGUGGAGACCUUUGGCGCGGGAGGAAAGACUUGCAUCACAUCUCGGGUUUAUCCAACUCUAGCAAUAUACGACAAAGCACAUUUAUACGCUUUCAACAACGGCACUGAGACUGUCAGAAUUGAGAAGUUGAAUGCAUGGAGUAUGAGUAAGCCUGUACAGAUGAAUCACUGACGGAUGCGCUAAUUAUCGCGUGGAGAAAGAGACAAAAUUAGUUUUUUUUUUAUUAGUAUUAAGUUAACGAGAGUAGCCCAGUAAAGUACUUUACAUAUGUUUCUUGAGUAAGCUUUCUAUUUUUGGUUUAGCCAACUAGGAUCGAUGUUGAUGUCCAAAUAAAUUAUAAUUUUAGUUCUGUAUGUUCUGAAAGAUGGCGAUUUGUGAUCUUGUAACUAAGACCUUGGUAAUUUUUUAGUUCUAGAAUUUACUAA